UGCAGCCCUCUCUUCUUGAGGUCUGUUUUGCCGUGGGUGACUGCUUUCUAGAGCUGAAAUGUGGUUGAGAUAAUGGCAGUGUAAGAAUCCAUUUUCCUCAGGUAAAGCAGCUAUGCCUGUUCAAUUGCUGAAGAUAGGUAAAAGAAAAUCUGAGACUCUACUACCGACACAUUUGCAGAAGGAGGAUUUGAAGCAUUUGCAAGAGGGCUUUGAUCAUACCAACAAAUACUUUCAGGGAAUAGUUGUUCUUUCCUACCCACUAACAAAGCUUGGAGAUGGGACAGACUUUUUCAAGGUUGUUCUUCAAGGUUUGGAUAACUUGUGUUCACGGACCAACAGCAUCAAUAUUUUAAUACAUGGAAAAAUGGCAGAAGAUUGUGCAAAAGUUAUACGCCAUGGGGACACCUUCAUAGUUGCAGGAUAUAAGUUGGCAAAAUCACCUACAGCGGGACUGGAUGGUAGACAUGGUUGCCACCUAGAGCUGUCUGAAGAAGCUGGAUCAGCCAUUUAUAUUUAUGCUAAACCAAGAACAACUGCUGCUCCAGAAACUGCAUCUUUGUCUGUUGCACCAAAAUAUGUGUAUACUCCUCUGAAUCAUCUUAAAGAUGGAACUGUAGUGAAUUUGUAUGGCGUUGUGAAAUUCUUCAAGCCUCCAUAUGUAAGCAAAGGAACUGAUUAUUGCUCAGUUGUAACACUUGUGGAUCCAUCAAAUGUGAAGUUAACGUGCACUCUUUUUAAUGGAAAUCUAGAUUCCCUACCAAAAAUUUACAAAGUUGGAGAUAUUGUUCGAUUUCAUAGAAUAAAGAUCAAGGAAUACAAUGGACAGAUGCAGGGAAUUACCGGUGUGGGAUUUGCAUCCUUGACAUUUGAUGGAACUGUGGGAGCGCCAGUAGUUCCUCGAUCCUCUAGCAAAGUGUACACUUUCAUGGAUGAAGAACAGAAAACAAUAGAAGAAUUGCGUGUUUGGGCAGCCAGUAAUCUUUCCAUCUCUGGACCAGCAGCAAAAUUGUCUGGUGUUAGGCCAAUGCUGUUCUUUGAUCUCACUUGCCAGCUGGUAGGAAAAGCAAAAGUGGAUGGAUCUUCUUUUCUUCUAAAGGUAUGGGAUGGCACAAAAUGUCCCUACCCAACGUGGAAGGUGCCUGUGGAAGCAAGAGACCUGGAAGGAGAAAAAGUUGUUCUUCAUCAGCUGCGAAAUCUAACGGUGGACGUUCUAGUCUAUGAUAACCAUGUACAACUGGCAAAAUCACUUAAGAUUGGAAGUUUUCUGAGAAUUUACAGUAUUCAUACGAAACAAGCAAGUGCUGUUGAUGAAGAUGUCUCACAUAUAGAAUUUCAUCUUCAUGGUGGCACCUGUUAUGGUCGAGGAAUAGGAGUCUUACCAGAAAGUAACCUGGAUGUUAAGGAACUAAAGGCAUUCUUGGAAUCUGUGGAUCUGGCAGACAGUCAGAAUAUGGAAAGCAUGUCUUCAGUGGAAUUAGACAGCACUUUUAACAAUGUUACAGAUCUUGAGUCAUACUUACAGAGAUGUCAGCAGUUACCUGUUACAGUAUUAACAGAUCAUCAGGAUUUGAAUAACACAGAACUGAAAACCAUUCUGAACAGCACGGCUCCUCAACAGUAUCGCAUUAGAGCAAAGCUGAGAACUUAUAAACCCCAGAAGCUCUAUCAGUCUAUUAAACUUUAUUGUUCCAAAUGCAACUCUUUGCAAGAAGUUCCAGAUGGAGAUGACUUUGACUUUAUUUUACAAGGCUCUGCUGUUACUGCCCCAAACCCGGAAUUACACAAUACAUCCUGGUAUGAUUCUGUAAUGUGGACUACACAAGACCAGAAACAAAGGAAAAUAGCUAUCCAUUUUGUAAAGCAUGAUGAAAUGCUUCAACAGCCUGAAGAUACUUUGCUUAUGAUAGAAGGUGGAACACUAAAAGAAGUCUGGAAGCUUACAAAAAGAUUUAAAUGUGUUAUUCCUGUGAGAUCCACAGAAGAUGAUCUUGAAUUAUUAGAUCCUUCAGCUCCUUUUCUUUUACAAGGGAACAUAAAAUAUUAUGGGUGCAAGCAGUGUUCAACUCCAAAGCCUAUCAAGAGUCUAAGUUCCAUUGCAGCAGAACAACGACCAUCAUGGGAACCAACUGAAAUAGCACAAGUUUUAGGUAUUGUGCCGCUCCAGUAUGUUUUUAUUAUGAAGUUUACACUGGUUGAUGCAACAGGAGCACUAAAUGUAUACCUUUUUGAUUAUGAAAAUUUUUUCCAAAUUCCUGCCUCUGAAAUCUUAACUAAUAAUUCUCUUCAGCAAAAGAUGCAGAUGACCAUGAAUACGCUCUGUCCUCCAGGAAGAAAAUUAGAUGACUUGCCAUGGCUGGAAUGCUUCAUCAAGUCCUAUAAUGUCAGAGAUGCGAUGACACAUCAAGUUUAUUACCAAAUUUUUGACACUACAGUUGCUGAAGGUGUUGUAUAGUGAUGUGUUGCUAAUAGGAAGUAAUCCAGUAAGUAUACAAUUUGGGGCAAUCAGAGACUGUAUAAAAAAAAUCGUUGUUCCUUUCUUAGGAACUCAACCUGUAUGUAUGAAGUUUUAGCUUGUAUAUUAAUGUGAAUGGCAAUUAUGCUUUGAUGUAUUUACUACUUUCCUGGCGUACAGCCUUAUGAUCUGAGUGCAAAUGGAGGUGCUAAGCUUUUCACUGGAGCCUGCUUGGCUCAGGCUGAUGGAAACAAUCUGGUAUCCAUCUGUCCUUCAGAAAGGCAUUGAUGAGGUUACUCUAAACUGGUGAGUUUUACUCAGAAAAUAUAGUCAGAAUGAUGCUGCUGUGUUCAUUUCUGUGUUAAAUGAUCUCAGCAGAUAUGGAAAAGGAGCUCUUCAGUAAACUUUCUCUCAGACUACUUUGUGCAAGCAUAUGUUGCUGUUCUUGGCCAGUUUAACAGGGUUGUUGUCCAUUUUUAGAGACUUCUUUGAUUUUGCACUGAUAGGUACAUUUAGACAGAACUCUUCCUGUUAAUCAUACCAAGGUAACUGCUAUGUUUACCAGUUACUAUAGAUUUUGAUGUACUUAUGAAUGUGACCAUGUAAUGUUUAUCACUAAAAUUAAAGUCAAACCAUGAAAGUAAGGUAGUGUAAAAUUGUAAAAUGAGUCUUGACAUUCGCUAGGUCGUAAUGAUUUUUAAGGUGGCCCUAUUGGGUACCAAAGUUGUUAGCACGCUUAUUAGCUAGGUCUGUUUUUUCAAAGGCUCUGAUGUAUCUGGCUAAAUUUACUGUCAGAUUACACUGCCCAGAUCUGCUGUUUCUGUCUUACAUAGACUGUAUGACUAAAUUUAAAGAUACAGAACUAAUCUAGUGAUAUCAUGACUUGAAAAUACUGCUGGAGUAGAAAAAUUACUCAGUGGUUUUACUUUGCAUUCAGAAGUCUGUAGGACAAAUUCAGGACAUUUCUCCAAGGAUAAUUAAUGUAGAAAUCCCCGACAAAUCAA